AUGACCUCUAAGAUCGCACAGAAUCUGAAGCAACCGGCUCUGGACUUUUUGUCCUUUGUCAAUGCUUCCCCAACCCCUUUCCACGCUGUCCAAUCUGCCAAAGACCUGCUGGUCAAAGCCGGAUUUCAAGAGAUCAAGGAAAAAGACUCCUGGGCCUCGACAUGCCGACCUGGUGGUAAGUAUUAUUUGACUCGCAAUAGCUCGACUAUUGUGGCUUUUGCAGUGGGCAAGAAAUGGAAGCCUGGCAAUGCCAUCUCCAUGAUUGGCGCACACACCGACUCGCCCGUCCUCAGAGUCAAGCCUGUGAGCAACAAGCGCGGCGAGGGAUUCAUCCAGGUGGGUGUUGAGACGUAUGGUGGAGGUAUCUGGCACACAUGGUUCGAUCGUGAUCUGGGAGUCGCUGGACGAGCUAUGGUUAAGACUGGUGAUGGAUCCAUUGUUCAGAAAUUGAUUAAAAUCGAUCGUCCAAUUCUUCGAAUCCCCACUUUGGCCAUCCAUCUCGAUCGCCAGGAGAAUUUCUCGUUCAACAAGGAAACCCAAUUGUUUCCCAUUGCCGGUCUCGUGGAAGCCGAGCUCAACCGUACGGGUGAAUCCAAGGAUUCUGCAGCUAAGGAAGAGGGCAAGGGAGAGUUCUCACCUCUGAAGGCGAUUACCGAGCGCCACCACCCCUACUUUGUCGAGUUGCUUGCCGCUGAGGCAGGCGUAAAGCCUGCGGACAUCCUCGACUUCGAAAUGAUCCUGUUCGAUACUCAGAAGUCUUGCUUGGGUGGUCUGCACGAGGAGUUCAUUUUCUCUCCUCGGUUGGACAACCUCAACAGCUCCUUCUGCGCCACUGUCGGGUUGAUUGACUCCGUUGCCGAUGCGUCGGCGUUGGACAACGAAACAUCAAUCCGUUUGAUUGCGCUCUUCGACCACGAGGAGAUUGGCAGCCGUACUGCCCAAGGCGCUGACUCGAACCUCCUUCCCGCCAUCAUCCAUCGUCUUUCCGUGCUCCCUUCGUCCUCGUCGGACAAGGACAACCUGUCCACAGCCUACGAGCAGACCCUGUCGAUAUCCUUCCUCGUGUCCGCCGAUAUGGCGCAUGCGGUGAACCCCAACUACACCGCAAAGUACGAGAAUGACCACAAGCCCGAGAUCAACAAGGGUCCUGUCAUCAAGAUCAACGCCAAUGCCCGCUAUGCGACCAACUCCCCCGGCAUCGUUCUCCUCCAGGAAGUCGCCCGCAAGGCAGCAGACAACGGCGCAGAUGGCGUCCCACUACAGCUCUUCGUCGUCCGCAACGAUUCCAGCUGUGGAAGCACCAUCGGACCAAUGCUUUCUGCUGCGCUGGGUGCCCGCACCUUGGACCUGGGUAACCCCCAAUUGAGCAUGCACAGCAUCCGGGAGACCGGCGGUACGUACGAUGUGGCACACUCGAUCCGCCUUUUCUCGAGCUUCUUCAAGCACUAUUCGAGCGUUUCGCAGCAGAUUCUUGUCGAUUAG